ACAAUCUUGUCCAAUAAUGAAUACUGUCUUUAUCCCGAAAUCUAUUCUGACUUUCCGGAAACCAUAUGGAUUAUUAAUCGAAGGUGCUUCAAAGUCGUAUUUCCAGGAACCCCCGAGCGUAACAGCAGUUAUGAUGAUAUCGGUAGUAUUCUAUAUUAUUACUCUGACUGUUUAUCUUUUCGUUAAGAAGCUUCGAAAUUUACUUGGAAAGUGUCUAAUUUGCUACAUGUUUUGCUUGUUCGUGGAGUAUUUAAUUUGGACAUUGGAUCACUUUAGAUUAGUACUACCCAUUUGCGCUGCCGCAGGAUACAUCAAAUAUUACUUUUCCCUAUCAUCGUCGUUAUGGAUUUCUGUGGUCAAUUUCCAUUUGUGGAAAGUUUUGACUUCCUUGAAUCGGGACGAGCCACGGUAUCGAUUCCUGAUUUAUAACACCCUUGUUUGGUGUAUGGCUGCUAUUCCUACGGGAGUGAUUUUUUCAAUGAACCAAAUGUGGGAAAAUAAUCCUGAUAAACCAGAACGGAUGCUCUUUCUCGGAUAUAUUGGGUGCUCGGUUACAGCCAUUUACAUUUGGAAAGUAAGGACGGAAGUCAAGAGGUUCGCCCAAAUGGACCAAAGCUCUACGACGUGUCUUGAAAUCGAUUUUCCGACUUACGUCCGGUUUCUGCGACUUUUUCUGAUUAUGGGCGCGCAUUGGCUCUUUGACCAACUUGCGCAAACGGUAAAUUAUUAUAUUAUGCAGGACAGUAUAUUUAUGAAUUUAACCGUUUACGUAAAUGCCUCCUUUGGAAUAAUCAUAUUUGUUUUGCUUAUACUGAAAAGCAGCACACUUAAAAUGAUAAUGGAAAGCGCUCGAGGUGUAAAGUAUGCAAAAACGUAACCCAAAAUAAAAAUAAUUCAACUAAACUAUGCUCAAUUUCUUACUUUGUUUAUUUGUGCAC